UCCCCGGGGCAGCGGCGGGCGGCCGCCGGUGCGCUUUGUUCCGAGGCCUUCGUGUUCCUGAAUGGGCUUCCCGGGAGCGAGAAGCCCCGUCCCGCUAACGAGCAGCGGCGGUCGGAGUCUGCCGCUCGCCACGGCACCGGGCGGCAACAGCGGCAAGAACCGGAACCUUUCGGCACCGGUAACGUCCAGGGGAGCGGAGCCCGGGGCGCCGGCCUGAGGACGGGCGUUUGGGUCCGAUUUGCCGAGUCUUGGGUCGCUAAGCUUUAUUAACGUGGUCUCGCGUUCCGGUAACUGUAGGCCGAGGAUUAGAUCUCACAUACCAGCUGGUGUCAAAAACCUCUCCCUUGAUGAUCUCUCGCAAGCACUGUGUUUUCCAGCAAAAUGCUGAAGGGCAGUGGACUGUCAAGGAUAACAAGAGCUUAAAUGGAGUCUGGCUUAACAAACAGCGCCUGGAUCCCUCCAAAACCUAUCCUAUCACUGAAGGAGACCGUAUCCAGUUGGGAGUGCCUUUGGAAAACAGAGAGACUGCUGAAUACGAGUAUGAAGUAAUUAAAGAGGAAUGGGAGAAAAUCAGGCCCUUUUUAGCCCAAAGGAAUGACCUGGGGAAAGCGAAGUGUUCAAGAACAAAACGUAAAUUUAGUUCUGAGGACUUGGAAACGUCUGGAUCAGAAGGCCCUUCAAAUUCCAGAUCCAAAAGAGACAGAAUGUCCUGUGAGAGUGAACCUUUGGGUAAAUCAUGGGGAAGGGCUGGAGAAGCCAAACAGUUAACAGAAAAGAUGGAUGUCAAGCUGCCUCCUCCUGGACCGAGUGAGGGAGCUAAGGGUCCAGUGCACAAUAGCCCUGUGCACUCCAAGAAAGCCCCGUCUGUCCCCUGUAAGGAGCAGAAAGGCUCUGGGCUUGCAGAGUCAUGGAAUGGCUUGGAAAUGCUGAGAAAAACUCUAGUAGGCAUAAUGAAGUUAAAGGUCAAAGUGCAGGAGAAGCAAACAGCAGUGCUGAAUGUGAAGCAGAAGCGCAGGAAGUGUGCUCAGAAGGAGAUCCUGGCAAUGGAGCAGGAGCUGCAGGAGCUGCAGGACCAGCUGUACAUGGAACAAGAGCAUCAUCAGCAACAAGUGGAAGAGCUGGAGAGAACAUUUUCUAAAGAGCAGCAGAAGCUAGAGGGUGUAAAGGGCCAACACGGGGAAGAGAAUCUGAAGGAGCAGCUGGCCCAGGUUCUGCAAGAGCAUCAUGCUUUGAUGGAAGAACUGAGCCGUAGCAAAAAAGAUUUUGAGGAGAUAAUUCGAGCCAAGAAUAAAGAACUGGAAGAAACCAAGGAGGAGAAGGAAAAGGUGAGAGCCCAAAAAGAAGAGGUGUUGAAUCAGAUGAAUGACGUGUUGGAGAAUGAGUUGCAGUGCACAAUCUGUUCUGAGCACUUCAUUGAGGCAGUCACUCUGAACUGUGCACACAGCUUCUGCUCCUACUGUAUCAAUGAGUGGACAAAACGUAAAGUGGAGUGCCCUAUAUGCAGGCAGGAGAUCACAUCAAAAACCCGCUCCCUGGUGCUGGAUAACUGCAUUGACAGGAUGGUAGAAAAACUGAAUGUGGAAAUGAAACAGCAUCGCCUGACCCUUAUCAGAGAGAGGACAGAGAAACAGAAUGUGUUGGUGAGCCCAGCCAUGGACAAUGACAGCAGUGUCCCUUCUUCCAUCUACUCCGUCUUGUUGAUAAGCAGUUGUGACGGUGAGGAUUGUGAGGAGGAUUCUUGCUACAAUGAAAGCAACUGCAUUAUCUGAACACUCUUACUAAAGACUCAUUUGCCUGUGUGCUGCCCAGAACCAUCCUCAUGGUAUUUGGUUGACUGCUGAUGAAUGACUGGACUGGACAUCUAGAAGGAGAGAGAUUCUCAGAGGAAGCUGGAGCUCAGAACUAGCAGCAUGUGGAAGAAGAACUUUAUUUCUUAAAUGAAUGUACAGCUUGAUCUCUAAAACCAAAUUGGGACUGAGAGAAAAAAAUGCAAUUACACUAGAUGCUUGACAUCCAAACUGUAGAUUUCCAAGAUCGCUUGUGACCCUCUCAGUGUCAUAUAAUAGUUUGUAUGCAUCACUUCCCUUUCCUUAGUGAAAGACGCGUUUAAAUGUGUGCAUCAGCUUCCCUUAUUUCAGGCAGCAGAGGGAAUGGCUCAAGCUAUCUGAGAACUUGGCCAUCUUCACCAGCAGGCAGGGGAGGUAUAUCAGGAAGAAGUGCCAGUGUGGGGUUUUCCUCUUGGAUUUCAUAUGGCAGCUUGAGUCAUCCCAGGCCCCUGGCAGUAAAGGUAACUUAGGGUUGUGGACCCUGUCAGCCUGAAAUGCAUAAAGGCAAUGUAAGCUGAGCUGCUGGCCAUCUGUUUGUUCUGCUGAUGUUACUCAUUUUCUGUUAGAUAAGAAUACAGAAGAUUAAAUUCUUCCA